CAUUUUAGUCGUUUAGUCAUUUACCAUACACAUGCACUAGAUACCGAAUAUUAUUCUGGGCUUCGAUGAGGCCACAGUGUGGGUAAACUACAUGACAUACCCCGGAAUAAAAUUGUGUUUGUGUGCUUAUCCGGCAGAAGUCAAACAGCAGAGAAAAUUCACUCAUCGUUGUUUGUCUAGUAUGACUAUCGUAGCAAUUAGCAUCAGCCGGGCGUAGUUUUUUGUCCAAUAUUUAAUUUGGAUGUGCGCCUGGCUUGAUGAUCAUGGGACAGCGCGUAUCCAGGACCGAUUUCGAGUGGACUUACACAGAGGAGCCUCACGCGAGCCGACGGAAGAUUAUUCUGCAGAAAUAUCCUCAGAUAAAAAAGCUUUUUGGAUACGAUCCCCAAUUCAAAUGGGUUGCCAGUGCUAUGGUGCUCUCGCAGUUCGCAAUGCUAUUCGUGAUGAAGGAUCAGUCGUGGAAAAUGAUUUUCCUAGUGGCGUAUUUGUUCGGUGGUGUCAUCAAUCAUUCCCUGAUGUUGGCUUGUCAUGAAAUCGCCCACAAUUUAGCGUUUGGUCACUCUAGGCCGAUGGCCAAUCGAUUGUUUGGAUUUUUCUGCAAUCUUCCCAUCGGAUUGCCAAUGUCGGUGAGCUUCAAGAAGUACCAUCUGGAGCACCAUCGAUACCAGGGAGAUGAAGUGAUCGACACCGAUUUGCCUACGCUAAUAGAGGCGAAAUUGUUCUGUAACACAUUCGGAAAGUUUAUCUGGGUGUGCUUGCAGCCACUAUUUUACAUUUUCCGGCCCUUGAUCGUGAACCCUAAACCACCCCAGAGGCUGGAGCUGGUGAACGGCGUUAUUCAGCUGAUAUUCAACACAAUCGUCGUAUAUUUCUUUGGCUGGAAAGUUAUGGUUUAUUUAGUAAUUGGGUCGCUGCUGGCUAUGGGAUUGCAUCCAGUCGCGGGACACUUCAUCUCCGAACACUACAUGUUUGCUAAGGGCUUCGAGACCUACUCCUACUAUGGACCGCUGAAUUGGAUAACCUUCAACGUGGGCUAUCACAAUGAACAUCAUGAUUUCCCGGCUGUCCCGGGCCGUUUACUGCCGGAGGUUAAACGAAUCGCUCCGGAGUUUUACGAUACCAUCCCGCAGCAUACCUCCUGGACGAGGGUCCUAUACGACUUCAUCACGGACCCUGCCAUCGGACCGUACGCCAGGAUCAAGCGAAAGGCACGAGGACUUGAAUCUUGAUUUUGAAACAGACCACAUACCUCGCGCGUUAUAGUCAACGGCACCCGUGUAAGUAAGAUUUCUAUGUUCAAACAAACCAUACACCAAUGAGGACAGUGAUGGCAUAUUUUGUUUAGAUGGAAUUUGAAGUCACAAUCAAGCGCGGUUAGUAAAAUGUUAGAAUAUACUGUUUGUUUUGAGCGUUGAUCGGCGCCAUCGUUAGAAAACGAUCCCACGGGAAGCGUUUUUGUGUAACUAUUAGUAUUUAAUUUCAUAGCAUUACGGCGGCUUACGGUUCCAGCAUGUUCUGUUGUUGUCCAUUCGUUGUAUAAAACACAGCAGCUGUUGUUACCUUUGCGCACGAACAGUUUGAUAAGUCUUCGCAAAUAUUGCCGACCGAAUUGAAAUAGACGAGGAAACACUAAAUGUAGAUUUCUCGUUGUGGAGAAUCUAGCUGUUGAGUCCUAUGAAGUGAACUUGAUGUUAACCAAAACCGGAACUGAACUAACGAUUUAAGAUUGAUGUAAUAAGAAAACCAAACAAGUCGUUGCUUAAUAGA